CAUUUACUUUUACACUACUGCAGGGAGACCGCAGAGCGCUGGAUGAACAGAGAAGGGAGAAUAACCGUAAAUAUCCAGAUGGAAAAAUGUGGGAAGAACAUGGCUAGAUCGUAAGGAAGACAAAGACUUUUUUAAAUAAGAAAGCAUCAUCCGCCUCUUCUGAAUCCCGAUUUGUGGGGCUAUUAAGCAGAAAACGAUACCAAUCAAAUGGGGUACCAGGAUGAAUGUGGGCAGAACCCCACUGUAUGAUCGGAUCGGGUCGAAAUCGAUGUCAAAAUAAGACGUUGUUUAACGCAACCGAGCCUUUGAAGAGUGAUCUGGUAUAUGUAUGUUAAAAUAUCUGACAAAAACUGAUUUAAAAAAGCAAAAACUCCAGAUUUGAUGCAUUGAAUUCCUUCGGAGAGAUGUCAUCGUUUAGCCGUAAGGACUGGAUGUGAUUCUUCAGCUGGGAAUAUGGGAGAUCUGAACGACUCCAGGGAUCCAAAAAAGACUUUUAUUGUUCCUGCCAUCAAGUCGUUUGAUCAUUAUGAUUUUAACAAAGCUAAAACGAGAGCCAGUCUCACAUGGCUCGUGGCAAAAGCCUUUGGUACAGACAGUGUUCCAGAAGAGCUUAGCGAGCCGUUCUACAAGGACCAGUAUGAGCAGGAGCACCUUAAACCUCCGGUGGCGGGCCUGCUGCUGUCAGCCGAGCUGUACUGCAGAGCAGGAAGCCUGAUCCUAAAGAGCGACGCCGCCAAACCUUUGCUGGGUCAUGAUGACGUCAUACAGGCUCUGGCUCAGAAGGGCCUGUACGUCAAUGACCAGGAAAGACUGGUGACAGAGAGGGACCUGCAGAAGAAACCCAUACAGAUGACCGCCCACCUGGCCAUAAUUGACACUCUGAUGAUGGCGUACACAGUGGAAACGGUGAGCAUUGAGAAGGUGAUGGCAUGCAUGCAGCAAUACUCCACCGAUGACCAGGAUGGAGAUGUGCCAUACGACACAGAAGAUGCUGUGACCAGCUGGAUGAAUAAGGUGAACGAAUACUUGAAGGAGAUCAUAAUGCAGGAGCAGCGGAGGAGGGAAGCACAAAGCGCCGAGCCUGUCGAGAAUCCACAGUCUCCAACCAAGUGGUAUAUGAAGCUGGUUCCUGCCCGUUAUAGAAAGGAGCAGGUUCUGCCCAAAUCUGUUCCCUGGAUCCCCCCGGUGGACAACCUGCUGAAAGACAGCACAGAUGGCUGUGCCCUUGCCGCCCUCCUGCACUUUUACUGCCCCGCUAUUGUCAGCCUGGAGGACAUUUGCCUGAAGGAGACCAUGUCACUGGUGGACAGUUUGUACAACCUCAAGCUCAUUCAGGACUUCUGCAGGGAGAACUUCAACCAGUGCUGUCACUUCAGUCUGGAGGACAUGCUAUACGCCCAUUCCUCCAUCAAAAAUAACUACCUUGUGUUUAUGGCUGAGCUCUUCUGGUGGUUCGAGGUUGUAAAACCGCCAUUCAUUCAGCCACAGGUGUUAGAUGCUGAAGCACCAGCACCCUCACUGAAAGAUUUGCCGUCUGUACCCAUCUCAAAAGUCACAAAGAGGAGUUUCACAGAAAGACCUCCCAGUCCAGACAGACCAAGUCUCCCCCUCCGACCUCAACCACAGACUUCAGGCUCAGGUGAGAUCAAGCGAUCAACCUCAAUGUCAUUCGUGGAGAGCUUCAUGGGUACUUGGCCCAAAGAGAAGAGGUCUCCUGCUCAGGGAGUGUCUUUUGAAAUCCCAUUUGAUAAAGAAAACAUCAGUCAAACUCCUACAUCAACCGGCCGGGGGAUGACCCGGUCUGUCAGCACCGAAGGGUUUGGUUUUAAGAUGGCCCAUGGUGCCAGUGGCAUUAAGAGAAAUCUGUCUUUUCAGCCUGUCAAUGGUAAGAACAUGGGAAUCGAAGAGGAGGAAAGCUGCCCUGACGGCCUGUCUGGAAAUCAUAACAGUCGUCUAAAUGGCUCUGGGCCACCAAGCAUCGAAGAGGCUCUGGAGAUCAUCCACAACCCAGAGAAAGAGUCACAGAGCGCCAGUGAGGGUUUCUUUCUUCAUCUCCAGAGCAAAGGAGAAUUGAACCCCGAAGCAAAAGAAGGCAAUCUAGGCUCGGUUUCGGAGUCGUCCAAAGGAGCUGAUAGCACGUCAACCACGGAAGUUGACACUGGCAUCCAUGUGCGAACGGAGGACAUUCAAGAGACGUUAGAUGAGGACUCGUCGCUUAGGGAUUGUACUGUAAGCAUGGAUCUCGACACAGAUCAAGACUAUGAGGCCAGAGCAUGCCACAGUCAGGGCUCGACAAGCCCGUGUCCCAGCAGCAUCGGUGCCAAGUCCCCUGCUGGAAGUACCCCAACUCCUUCUUUCACACCUGGGAUCAAGAUGACUAGCUUUGCCGAGCAGAAGUUUCGUAAACUCAAUCCAAACUUGGAACCCAAAGGUGCCACCUCCCAAGGUACAACACCGGACGCUUCGGAUCUCAACAUUCCCCACUCCGUCUCCUGGGCGCCUUCUCCCGAGAUCAGCCCUGCAUGCCAGAUGCCCAAGGACCCCGCCCAAGCCAUGGCUUCCGAAAUGGUACAACUGCGCAUGAGACUCGAGGAGAAACGUCGUGCCAUCGAGGCCCAGAAGAAGAAAGUGGAAGCCGCAUUUACUCGGCACCGUCAAAAAAUGGGACGCAGCGCUUUCCUAACCGUGCUCAAGAGGAAAGGCGACGGCACAUCGCCAUCCCAGGAGGACGCUCCCAACUCAGAAAGCAAGACUCCAGCAGAGACGCCUCAGCCUGUUAAGUCUCCGCAAAAGUCGCCAGGCGAGGACGGCACCUCUGAAGCAGAGCUAAUGGAGUACACACACUCCAUUGAGAAGCUCAACGCUUCCUUGAGCUUCUUGCAGGCUGAGAUGCAACGACUGGCCCAGCAACAGGAAGUCAUCAUGCAGAUGCGUGAGCAACAGGCUUGGGUUGUGCCUCAACCUUCACCGCAAAAACAAGUACGGGAGCUCAGGGGGAGCGGCGCACGCUCCUCCGAUUCCCCGUCACCUGCUGAUUCUCCAAGAGAUACGCAUCAAUCCCCUACAAACCUCAAGAGAAAGUCUGCUUCCUUUCAUUCCAAGACUCCAAGGACACCCAGGCCGAGCGAGCUUAAGAUCGCCCCCUUCAGCCGUGUCCUGACCGUUCCUCAGUCUGUGGACAGCAUACCACGUCUCAGAAGGUUCUCCCCGUCUCAGUCUGUAUCGUGCUCUUUUUCUUAUUUGGGACAGAAGAAGCAACCACCUUCAGGAACUGAAACCACAGACAAGGAGACUGAGCAAGACUUUGGCCUGGAGUCUGGAAAUAUUACGUCCCCAACCAAAGAAACCCAACAGUUCGAAACAGGAGAGGUUGACAUAAGUGCCAAGGAGCCGACGGAGGAGAAAAUGAAACAAAUCAAGGGAACAGAAAAACAAAAGCCAACAGAUGAGAUUAGGCCUGCAGUGGAGUCGAAUGUAUCAGAAGUGUUAACGCAGUUUGUAAUGGAAACGGUUAUUGUCACUCCCACCGAGAAGCCAGCAGACAUCACCCAUCAGAGCAACAUGAAUUUGAUCGAGGUCCCGCUGUCUGUCCUCAAGCCUUUGGAUGGACAAAUGCUGGUGGAGGAAGGCGAGAAGGAGCCGUCGGGGGAAAAUAAGGAGGAUGAUCAAAAAUUGUGCUGUGGAUUCUUCUUUAAGGACGAUAUGAAGGGAGAGGACAGCAUGGCCAUGAAGCGUGCCGCACUUCUGGAGAAAAGGCUGAGAAGAGAGCGAGAAAGCCAGCAGAGGAAACAGCAGCUGGAGGCGGAGCUUGAGCAAAAGAAAGAGGAAGCCAGGUUGAAAACAGAGGAGGACCGCAUGAAGAAGGAAGAGGAAAAAGCCCGGCGAGAAUUUAUCAAGCAGGAGUACAUGAGGAGAAAACAGCUGAAACUAAUGAAAGACAUGGACACGCUUGUGAAACCGAGGCCUGCUGGGGUCAAGCAGAGAAAACCGAGACCCAAGUCCAUCCACAGAGAUGUGCUGGAGUCACCCAGGACUCCUGUCAAGGGCACAGCAGGUUCACGACCUCGUGUUUUUUCAGCCUCAAGCUUGUCUCUGGCCUCCCUAAACAUUGGCGAUAAUGACAGUGUCGGUUCAGAGAGAAAAACACCCAGCAGGCCUGAUUCAGCAGACGGUUGCUUGUCUCCUGCUCGCUCCGGUAGCCGUAACGGAGAGAAGGACUGGGAGAAUGGCUCUACCACAUCCUCACUGACAUCCAACACUGAAUACACAGGUCCUAAAUUAUACAAGGAGCCUAGUGCAAAGUCCAAUAAACAUAUCAUACAGAAUGCUCUGGCUCACUGUUGUCUGGCUGGAAAAGUCAACGAGGGACAGAAGAACAAGAUCUUAGAGGAAAUGGAGAAAUCAGAGGCCAACAAUUUCCUGAUCCUCUUCCGGGAUACCGGUUGCCAGUUUCGCUCCGUUUACACAUACUAUCCCGACUCGGAGGAGAUCAACAAGCUGGCGGGCAUCGGCCCGAAAACCAUCUCACGUAAGAUGAUCGACGGCCUCUACAAGUACAACUCGGACCGGAAGCAGUUCAGCCAAAUCCCAGCCAAGACCAUGUCGGCAAGCGUCGAUGCCAUCAUCAUCCACAGCCACUUAUGGCAGACCAAAAAACCAGGGACUCCCAAAAAAGUAGCGGCCGUGAAAUCCUAGUCCUACAACUAGUUUGUUUACCACCAGACGUACACGUUCUCAAUGCACUUCUUUGUAUAUACUGGACUCCUAUGACACGGGAAGUUUUGAAACUCUUCCGUGUAAGCUCUCUCUCGUUCGUUUCUGUUCACUGAGAACACGUUUUAUGCACAACUGGAAUGUAAAUCUCUGCAGGGUGGCAAAUGGAUCUCAUUUAUAUGUCCGGCACCCAAGACCGAAUCAUGUUUAAAACUAUGUGCCAAAAAACAUUGUCAUGGAUGUCCUGUUAUUUUAAGUUGAUACACUAAAGCACUGAAUGUUAUUAGUUUGUACAGUUCUCGCACAUUUGUUGAUGUGGCCUUAAGUUGAAUUUUUAUUUCUAUGUUUGUUUUUAUUUUUUGUGUUUGCUUAUUUUUUACGACUGUAUUGAUUGUACGGCUGCUUAUCGAGAGGCUCUCAUGGCAUAGCUUGUGAUUGUACCGGUUAAAUAUAAUUGUAAGCAAGUUUUCUUGGCGAGCUAUGUCAUAUUUAAUAUACAUUAAUCGGUGUGGUAAUGUGCGGUGAGUAAUAUUGUUUGCAGACAAGACCCACUUCUGAUGGGUUUUAACAUUCUGGAAAUACACUCGGCAUUGAUUCACAGCAGGAUUGUGAAUUCAUUUAAUUUCGUUGCUGUAGGUGUAUUUGCUUUUGUAUGUGUUUUGGGGUCUUUAAACCGACCGAAGGUAUUGUUUUAAAUUCAGCGUUAUGAUAUUUUAAAAUCGUAUUUAUCUAUUACAGGCUUUAAGGCCAGGGAUUAUGAAACCAAACCAUUCUGUUGUAUUAGUUUAUGAUUGUUGGUGCGACCAUUAGGUUAUUGAGUAUUAUGCUGACUGAACUGUGGAAAUAUUUCAGUUUCAUGGAGGAUGGAUGAGAUCAAAAUAAAGGUCUUUUCACACGUUGGUGAGGUCAAAGACAAAGCGUAAAGCAUGGCUUUUUCAAUCACAGCCAAUGAUUUUUAGCCAUUUUCCUGCUGAGAAAAACACUUGAAUGGAUUUCAAUAGGAAUUGUAUUGGUCUUAAUGGAAACUAUUUGGGUUGGUGGGAUGUUAUGUGGCGGGUGGGAACCGAUAGAACACCAUACACACUACAAGGACAUUUUGUAAUGGUUUUAAUGGUAAACAUCUGAUGGUUCAUUAUUGCAUUUGCAUUGGAAACUAUUAGAAUUUGUACUUUUUCUUCAGCACCGUUGCCCAUAUGUGACUAUGGACCUCAAAACCAGUCUUAAGUAGCACGGGAACAUUUUUAGUAAUAUCCAAAAAUACAUUGUAGGAGUCAAAAUUAUCGAUUUUUCUUUUAUGCCAAAAAAUCAUUAGGAUAUUAAGAGAAAGAUCAUGUUCCAUGAAGAUAUUUUGUAAAUUUCCUACUGUAAAUAUCUAAAAACUGAAUUGUUGUGACUAAUAUGCAAUGCUAAGGACAAGAUUUGGACAACUUUAAAGCCGAUUUUCUCAGUAUUUUGAUUUUUUGCACCCUCAGAUUCCAGAUUUUCAAAUAGACCAAAUAUCAUCCUAUCGUAAAAAAAAUUGACCCUUAAGACUGUUUUUUUGUCCAGGGUCACAUACAUAAUCUGAUUCUGAGAGACUGACUAUGUGUAUAUAAAGUAAACAUGUCAAGCGUAUGACACAAUGCUUAAAGUAUAUCACAAUAUUUCAUUUGCUGUCUUAUUUUACUGUUUACACAUUCCUGUUUAAACCUCAAAAUAUUUUUUUUUGUAAUGUAUAGAAGUGUGACGAGAGAGUCGAAGUCAUUUUCCAGGAACUUUUGUACGUUGAACGCUCACUACGACUGGUCUAAAGUGUUUUCCAGUGUUGUCCCGGGUAACGCAAAAGUGUUAAAAAGCCGUUUGCCAAAAUUGUCUUUUAGCUGAUUGUUGGAGGCAUUUCCUAUUUUGCAACUGAGGGCUAAACCUUUGAUUGGUUAAAUUUUACAUGAUGAAAAAAAUGUUUUGAUCUUCAGGAAAGUCACAUUUUGCUGGAAUUGAUGUUAGCAUUCCCCCUUAAUGGUUUUAGGGCAGAAUGUGACUGUAUACGGGUAGAGGAGUUUGAUGCCUGACGAAAAUGACUGCCUUCCUGUCCUGCUCAUUGAAAGCCAUUUAUUUUAGUCGUUUCCCCUUGCAGUUGUAAAAAAAUAUUGGUGCUUGCCAUUGAAAACAUUAACUCACACCCUUUACUAAUAAAUAACUAUCAAUUAGUUGAAGGAACGUAUUAGUGUAAAUGCACACUGCCCUGCAAUUCACAGUAGUCUAUUAAGAGAAGAAGUUUCAUCCCAUUAGAAAAGUUCAGCUGUAAACAGACGAUCAUAUUUGAGUUAUUUGGUCAUUUCAGGUCAAAAACAUAUUAUUUCAAUGAGCAUGAUAAACCAUUGUACAGUGUGUGUUCUCUGAUCUCUUUAAUUUCAGGAGCUGUGCUGUCAUAAUGCUAAAAUAAUAUGACAGAUUUCCAUUGCAUUCAAUAAAGUUUCGCAUGGCCUCAUAUUUUGUCUGAUGAGUUUUACUGCACUGCUUUGUCAGACCACUGACUGCUGUUGAUGUCUCUUUAUUACUAUUAAAAUA